AUGGCUGCCUACAUGGACAGAGACACUGGGCAUGAGGGAAUUUCUACCAGUACUUUCUAUGGUACAAGAAAGAGAGAGGUGGCAUCUGUUGUGUUGCCACCUGAUGGUUCAUCUGAUUCAGAUGAAGAUGAGGGAACCAGUGAAGAUGAGGAAGAUGAAUUGUAUACAGAGGGCCAGUGUCAGGACAGCAGCAGCAGCAGCAGUGACGAUGAGGCAGAAGAGGGAGCAAACCACAGUAAAAGAGGGAGGAUGUUCAGGUGGAGAAAAACUAAAUUUGAGCACCAGUCUACUGCUACACCAAGUUGCUUCACUACACCAGAUGAGCUAUCCACGCCAUUAACAUACUUCUCCAAAUUCUUUGAUGAGGACAUCUUUGGGACCAUUGCUCACCAGACGAACUUGUAUUCAUGUCAGCUCAUUGGAAGUAGCAUCAACACUGAUGCUUCUGAAAUCAAAGCAUUCAUUGGAAUGAAGUUGAUGAUUGACAAAGAGUUUGGGUUAUGUGGAAAUGUGGUUCUGCAGCUGUGCAGAACCAUCAGAAAUCCCUCCAACUGCGUUGUCUACUUUGACAACUUUUUCACAUCCCUGAGAUUGAUAACUCAUCUAAAGGAGUCUAUGGGCCUCAGAAGUUUGGGUACCAUUCGAAAGAACCGCUUGAUGGGUUGCACAUUGGAAGAAGAUCGAGACCUCCUACGAAGAGGAAGAGGCAGCUUUGACUUUCGUGUAGACAACGAUGCAAAGCUUGCUGUGGUCAAAUGGGCAGACAACAAAACUGUCACCUUGGUGAGCUCCUGUGCUUCUGUCAGCCCAGUUGGCCAAGUGAGACGCUACUCCAAAGAGGAAAAGAAGAAGAUAAGCGUGCCAUGCCCGAAGAUUGUAUCUGAGUAUAACACUCACAUGGGAGGAGUAGAUUUGGCUGAUAUGAUGAUUGCCCUCUAUCGCACUCCAGCCAAGUCACAUCGAUGGUACCUGGCCAUAUUUUGGCAGAUGGUUGACAUUGCUGUCAAUAAUGCCUGGCUUCUCCAUCGUCGUGAUGCAGCCCAACUGGGUCAGAAACAUCAUUGCCUGAAGGUCUUUAGGUUGGAUGUUGCCAAAGGACUCAUCUACCCUGAAAAGCAAAAAAGGGGUCGCCCCUCCAAAGGAAACGAAGACAACACACCACCAAGAGUAAUCAAACAGCCAAAAGUCCCCAGGCCUGUGGAUGAUAUGAUAUAUGACAGGAUUGACCACUUCCCUAUCGUGUCAGUGAAAGGCCGAUGCAGGAUGUGCCAGGAUGGACAGACCUCCAUCGUGUGUCAGAAGUGCAAAGUGAGGCUUUGCAUUGUCACAGGCCAAAACCCUCGCAACUGUUUCCCACAGCUUCCACUGCCAGUAAGCUAUUUCUAG